AUGCCGGAAAAGGUUCGCACCGUGUUCGCGAACUCGGACGACGACAAGGCCGCAGAGCCCAAGAUCUCGCUUCAAACUACAGAAGAAACACGUGGGAAGAAGAAGAAGAACAAGAAGCGCAAGCGCGAGGAGCCCGAGGCCUCACAAAACGACGAUCAUGAUGAAACGAGCGAUACCCCUGCGCCUAAGAAGCAGGUAGAAACGCCAGUAGCUGUGCCAAAGAAUCAGGCGAAUGCCGCACCUCAAUCAACAGAGGCUCCGGCAGCGAAACCGUACCCGAAAUCGAAGUCGAAACCUUUCACCGAUACCAAACUCAACUGGAUGCCCUUACGGGAAAAGGCGAAAGCGCUCCUCGAAGUACGACGGAAGCUGCCGGUAUUCGAAAACGCCGAUCGGAUCCGCAGCCUUCUACGUGAACAAGAUGUGAUGCUGUUAGUCGGUGAAACGGGUAGCGGAAAGAGUACCCAGAUCCCACAGUUCCUGGUGGACGAAUUCUGGUGCCGGCCUGUACCUGCGCAGAUCACGCGAAACGGGAAGACCGAGAAAAAGAUGGUUGGAGGAUGCAUUGCUAUCACACAGCCGCGACGAGUAGCCGCCAUUACACUGGCUCGCCGCGUGGCGGAGGAAAUGGGCACGCCGCUUGGUUCGCACUCGCCUGCCAGUAAGGUCGGCUAUUCCGUUCGGUUCGAUACAUCGACCUCGCCUAGUACGCGAGUCAAAUUCUUGACGGAAGGAAUGCUGCUCCAGGAGAUGUUGCAUGAUCCCUAUUUGACCAAGUACAGCGCCGUCGUUGUUGAUGAGGUUCACGAACGAGGUAUCAACGUGGAUUUAACGCUUGGAUUCCUGCGAAAUCUCGUUUCCGGAAACAAAGAGGGCCGUGGCGGUGUUCCGCUUAAGGUGGUUGUCAUGAGUGCUACGGCAGAUAUGGAGAGUCUAACAGGCUUCUUCCAAGAGGGCUACAGAAUUGCAGGGCCGGAAAAGAAAGCUAUUGAAAAUGGAGCUGAGGCUGGUCCGGAGGAUAGCCCGAGUUCGAGGGAUAUCUCUGUUUGUCAUAUCAAGGGUCGACAAUUUCCAGUCAAAACAAUCUACUCGCCUGCGCCAGUACAUGACUUUGUGGAUGCAGCACUCAAGGUCAUCUUUCAGAUUCAUCAGAAGGAACCAAUGCCGGGUGAUAUUCUUGUCUUCCUGACUGGUCAAGAGACAGUCGAGGCUUUAGAACAUCUGGUCAAUGAGUAUGCCAUGGCCAUGGACCCAGCACUUCCUAAGAUCCUGGUCCUGCCGCUGUUCGCUGCGCUGCCACAGGCUGCCCAGCAGCGGGUCUUUGCCCCUGCUCCGCCGCGAACACGGAAGGUCGUGCUGUCAACUAACAUUGCCGAAACUUCCGUCACUGUGUCUGGGGUUCGACACGUGAUCGAUUGUGGAAAGGCAAAGAUCAAGCAAUUCCGUACUCGCCUUGGUCUUGACUCACUUUUGGUGAAGCCUAUCUCUAAGUCGGCUGCAAUCCAGCGAAAGGGUCGAGCUGGUCGUGAGGCCCCUGGACAAUGCUUCCGACUAUACACAGAAAAGGACUACUUAGCUUUGGAUGAGACGAACACACCCGAGAUUCUGCGCUGUGAUCUGAGCCAAGCUCUGCUAAAUAUGAAGGCGCGUGGUGUUGACGAUAUUGUUCGCUUCCCAUUCCUCACCCGACCUCCGCGCGAAGCACUUGAGAAAGCCCUCCUGCAGCUCUUGAAUAUCAAUGCACUCCAAGAGGAUGGAACAAUCAGCGCUGUCGGUUUACACAUUGCGAAGCUGCCCUUGACUCCAACCCUCGGACGUGUGCUGUUGGCAGCUGCCGAGAACGGCCAUGAAUGUUUACUAGAUGUGAUCGACAUCAUCUCAUGUCUGAGUGUGGAGAACAUCUUCUUGAACACCACAUCAGAGGAGAAAAAAGAAGCAGCAGAGGCAGCACGUCGGGAUCUAUACCGUCGUGAAGGUGACCAUCUCACCAUGUUGAUGACCGUACGUGCGUACGCUUCCGAGCACGCCGACCGCAAGGCAUGGGCGGAGCGUCAUCUGGUAUCGCAUCGAGCGAUGCAAUCAGUCAUGGACGUCCGCAAACAACUUCGCACGCAAUGCCGACAAGCCAAGCUUCUCACCAAUGAGGCCUUGAACCGAACGUCGUUACACGACCCAUCACCCAUCCUCAUCCUGCAGAGUUUCCUGGCAGGAUUCGCAACCAACACCGCUCGCCUCGUGCCCGAUGGCAGCUACCGUACGAUCGUUGGAAACCAGACAGUCGCUAUCCAUCCGUCAAGUGUCUUAUACGGCAAGAAGCUCGAGGCAAUCAUGUACAAUGAGUUCGUGUUCACUAAUCGCAGUUACGCGCGUGGCGUGAGUGCUGUACAGAUGGACUGGGUGGGAGAGGCUCUGGCUGGGAAGGAUUGA